AUGUCGAGCGCGAACAGCAUCAAGGUCGUCGCCCGAUUCCGGCCCCAGAACAAGAUCGAGCUUGCAUCGGGCGGCGAGCCCAUUGUCAGCUUCAGUGGCGCCGACACCUGUUCUAUCACCUCGGCCGAAGCCGCUGGUUCCUUCACCUUCGAUCGCGUGUUUGGUAUGACAGGGAGGCAACAAGAAAUCUUCGACUAUUCCAUCAAGCCUACAGUAGACGACAUUCUCAACGGAUACAAUGGAACCGUCUUCGCAUACGGUCAGACGGGUGCGGGAAAGUCGUAUACCAUGAUGGGAACGAGCAUAGAGGACGAGGAGGGCAAGGGUAUUACCCCCCGUAUCGUCGAGCAGAUCUUUAGCAGCAUCAUGUCUAGCCCCCUAACCAUCGAGUAUACCGUCCGAGUCAGUUAUAUGGAAAUCUAUAUGGAGCGCAUUCGCGAUCUGUUGGCGCCGCAGAACGACAACCUCCCGGUCCACGAAGAAAAGAACCGAGGUGUCUACGUCAAGGGUCUCCUCGAAAUAUACGUUUCCAGCGUCGAAGAGGUGUUCGAGGUCAUGAAAAGGGGAGGCAGCGCGCGAGCUGUCGCCGCCACAAACAUGAACCAAGAAUCCUCGCGAUCCCACUCCAUCUUCGUCAUCACCAUCACUCAGAAAAACCUGGAGACCGGCUCGAUGAAAAGUGGUCAGCUCUUCUUGGUAGAUUUGGCAGGUAGCGAAAAGGUCGGCAAGACCGGCGCGAGUGGGCAGACCCUCGAGGAAGCGAAGAAGAUCAACAAAAGUUUGAGUGCGCUGGGCAUGGUCAUCAACUCGCUCACCGACGGCAAAUCCUCACACAUUCCCUACCGAGAUUCCAAAUUAACGAGGAUAUUACAAGAGUCUCUGGGAGGAAACAGUAGGACGACACUAAUCGUCAACUGUUCGCCCAGUAGCUACAACGAUGCCGAAACACUUAGUACGCUACGCUUCGGUAUGAGGGCGAAGUCUAUCAAGAACAAGGCCAAGGUCAACGCGGAACUCAGCCCGGCAGAGCUCAAACAGAUGCUUGCCAAGGCCAAGUCCAACAUUAUAAACUUUGAGAGCUAUAUCGCAACUUUGGAGGGCGAGGUCCAGUUGUGGCGUGCAGGAGAAGCGGUUCCCAAAGACCGAUGGGUGCAGCCGUUGUCAGCUAAUGGCCUUGUUAGUAUGGCGAAAGCUCCGCGGCCGUCGACCCCAUCACGACUUCUUCCCGACAGUCGAUCAGAAACCCCUGCGUUGACUGAGCGUUCUGGCACCCCCGGUCUUCCCAUGGAUAAGGACGAGAGAGAGGAGUUCUUACGGAGGGAGAACGAACUGCAGGAUCAGUUGGCGGAGAAGGAGUCCGCUGUGGCCACCGCGGAAAAGACUCUUCAGGAAUCCAAAGAAGAGAUGACAUUCCUAAAAGAGCAUGACAGCAAGGUUGGAAAGGAGAACGAGAAGUUGACAACCGAGGUCAACGAAGUCAAGAUGCAGCUUGAGCGCCUGGCGUUCGAGGGCAAGGAGGCUCAGAUCACAAUGGACGCUCUGAAAGAGGCCAACUCUGAACUCACGACGGAACUGGACGAGGUCAAGCAGCAACUUUUGGAUGUGAAGAUGAGUGCGAAGGAGACAAGCGCAGUUCUGGACGAGAAGGAGAAGAAGAAGGCAGAAAAGAUGGCCAAGAUGAUGGCUGGGUUCGACUUGGGUAGUGAGGUGUUCAGUGCCAACGAACAGUCGAUAUCCGACGCAAUCCAACAAGUCGACGCCUUGUACGAGCAGAGCUAUGCGGGAGACCCCAUCCCGCCAGAUGAUCUACAGGAACUCAAAGCCAAGCUGGUGGAGACGCAAGGGAUCGUCAGGCAAGCCGAGCUUUCACUUUACAGUGGCGCGUCCGGUGACUCCGAAGCAAGGCGGAGGAUGGAGUUGGAGAGCCGACUCGAGACUUUACAGCAAGAAUACGAAGAUGUCCUCUCCCGGAACCUUGGAGAUGCGGAUGUUGAGGAAGUCAAGGAACGGCUACAGAAGGCGUAUGCCAACAAGCAGACAACUUCAAUGGAGUUGGUGGACGAGCUCAAGGCCGACAUCACACAGAAGUCAUCUGAGAAUGCCCGCAUGAAGACACUCAUUGAGGACCUUCAAUCUCGCAUCAAGUCCGGGGCCGUGGCCGCUCCCGGUCUCGCCAACGGCAAGACCAUCCAGCAGCAAAUCGCUGAAUUCGAUGUCAUGAAGAAGAGUUUGAUGCGCGAUCUGCAAAACAGAUGCGAGCGUGUUGUUGAACUCGAGAUCUCGCUUGACGAGACUCGGGAGCAGUACAAUAACGUAUUGCGGUCGUCCAACAACCGUGCACAGCAGAAGAAGAUGGCCUUCCUUGAGCGCAAUUUGGAGCAGCUGACCCAGGUUCAACGACAGCUUGUUGAACAGAACAGCGGGCUGAAGAAGGAGGUCGCCAUAGCCGAGAGGAAGCUCAUUGCUCGGAAUGAGCGUAUCUCCAGCUUGGAGAGCUUGUUGCAGGAUAGUCAGGAGAAGCUCACUGCCGCGAACCACAGGUUUGAGACUCAGCUCACCGCUGUCAAAGAGCGUCUCGAGGCAGCCAAGGCUGGUUCCACCCGCGGGCUGAACUCACCGCAGGGAGCUGGCGGUUUCAGCUUCGCUAGUGCUGGGAGCCGUAUCGCAAAGCCACUCCGCGGCGGAGGGGAUGCUGCAGCUCCAGUUCCUACCAUCGGCAAUCUGCAGAACGAAGGCAAUGCCGAGCUUGCCGCACGUAUCAUCCAAGAGGAUACUUUGGUGGAUGACCAAUAUCUCCUCAAGAAGGGUGGUGCUGUCUUGAUGCCAAACGCAGUCAUACACUCUGACCAAUCCUCGUGGGGCCCUACCACGGGGGAGUUCAACCACAAACGGUUCAUCAAGACCAAGAAAGAUGGAACAACACGGCAUCCCGCCGCCGCUUUCCGGGGAUUCGGCGGCGGCCAUGUCCUGUGCCCAGGCCGGCAUUUCGCCAGCACUGAUAUACUGGCGCUCCAGGCUCUGUUGCUGGUGCGGUUCGAUGUGCGGCCAGUUGGGGGGAGGUGGAUCGAGCCUGGGAAGAAUAUGUCAUGGACAGGGCCUGUCCGCUACCGAAAGAAGAUGUUGAGAUUGAAAUGA